AUGGGGAAGAUAUAUGAAAGUAUAAGGGAUGAUAAGUCUUGGGUAGAAAUAACUAAUCUUGAUAAGUUUUUUGGUGAUCCUUCACAAGUUUAUUGCUCUUAUAAUAAGGAAGCAAUAUAUAUUGGCUGCGGAGGAGAAUUUGAUGGGUAUUAUAAGUUUAGCUUAAGCCAAAAAACAACUUACAAGUUAGAGAUCAGUAGAUUCUAA